AUGGGGGCCUCUUCUCCAAGAAGCCCGGAGCCUGUCGGGCCGCCGGCGCCCGGUCUCCCCUUCUGCUGCGGAGGAUCCCUGCUGGCGGUUGUGGUGCUGCUUGCGCUGCCGGUGGCCUGGGGUCAAUGCAAUGCCCCAGAAUGGCUUCCAUUUGCCAGGCCUACCAACCUAACUGAUGAGUUUGAGUUUCCCAUUGGGACAUAUCUGAACUAUGAAUGCCGCCCUGGUUAUUAUGGAAGACCGUUUUCUAUCAUCUGCCUAAAAAACUCAGUCUGGACUGGUGCUAAGGACAGGUGCAGACGUAAAUCAUGUCGUAAUCCUCCAGAUCCUGUGAAUGGCAUGGUGCAUGUGAUCAAAGACAUCCAAUUCGGAUCCCAAAUUAAAUAUUCUUGUACUAAAGGAUACCGACUCAUUGGUUCCUCGUCUGCCACAUGCAUCAUCUCAGGUGAUACUGUCAUUUGGGAUAAUGAAACACCUAUUUGUGACAGAAUUCCUUGUGGGCUACCCCCCACCAUCACCAAUGGAGAUUUCAUUAGCACCAACAGAGAGAAUUUUCACUAUGGAUCAGUGGUGACCUACCGCUGCAAUCCUGGAAGCGGAGGGAGAAAGGUGUUUGAGCUUGUGGGUGAGCCCUCCAUAUACUGCACCAGCAAUGACGAUCAAGUGGGCAUCUGGAGCGGCCCGGCACCUCAGUGCAUUAUACCUAACAAAUGCACGCCUCCAAAUGUGGAAAAUGGAAUAUUGGUAUCUGACAACAGAAGCUUAUUUUCCUUAAAUGAAGUUGUGGAGUUUAGGUGUCAGCCUGGCUUUGUCAUGAAAGGACCCCCCCGUGUGAAGUGCCAGGCCCUGAACAAAUGGGAGCCGGAGCUACCAAGCUGCUCCAGGGUAUGUCAGCCACCUCCAGAUGUCCUGCAUGCUGAGCGUACCCAAAGGGACAAGGACAACUUUUCACCCGGGCAGGAGGUGUUCUACAGCUGUGAGCCCGGCUACGACCUCAGAGGGGCUGCGUCUCUGCGCUGCACACCCCAGGGAGACUGGAGCCCUGCAACCCCCACAUGUGAAGUGAAAUCCUGUGAUGACUUCAUGGGCCAACUUCUUAAUGGCCGUGUGCUAUUUCCAGUAAAUCUCCAGCUUGGAGCAAAAGUGGAUUUUGUUUGUGAUGAAGGGUUUCAAUUAAAAGGCAGCUCUGCUAGUUAUUGUGUCUUGGCUGGAAUGGAAAGCCUUUGGAAUAGCAGUGUUCCAGUGUGUGAACAAAUCUUUUGUCCAAGUCCUCCAGUUAUUCCUAAUGGGAGACACACAGGAAAACCUCUGGAAGUCUUUCCCUUUGGAAAAGCAGUAAAUUACACAUGCGACCCCCACCCAGACAGAGGGACGACCUUCGACCUCAUUGGAGAGAGCACCAUCCGCUGCACAAGUGACCCUCAAGGGAAUGGGGUUUGGAGCAGCCCUGCCCCUCGCUGUGGAAUUCUGGGUCACUGUCAAGCCCCAGAUCAUUUUCUGUUUGCCAAGUUGAAAACACAAACCAAUGCAUCUGACUUUCCCAUUGGGACAUCUUUAAAGUACAAAUGCCGUCCUGAGUACUACGGGAGGCCAUUUUCUAUCACAUGUCUAGAUAACCUGGUCUGGUCAAGUCCCAAAGAUGUCUGUAAACGUAAAUCAUGUAAAACUCCUCCAGAUCCAGUGAAUGGCAUGGUGCAUGUGAUCACAGACAUCCAGGUUGGAUCCAGAAUCAACUAUUCUUGUACUACAGGGCACCGACUCAUUGGUCAUUCAUCUGCUGAAUGUAUCCUCUCGGGCAAUGCUGCCCAUUGGAGCACGAAGCCGCCAAUUUGUCAACGAAUUCCUUGUGGGCUACCCCCCACCAUCGCAAAUGGAGAUUUCAUUAGCACCAACAGAGAGAAUUUUCACUAUGGAUCAGUGGUGACCUACCGCUGCAAUCCUGGAAGCAGAGGGAGAAAGGUGUUUGAGCUUGUGGGUGAGCCCUCCAUAUACUGCACCAGCAAUGACGAUCAAGUGGGCAUCUGGAGUGGCCCGGCCCCUCAGUGCAUUAUACCUAACAAAUGCACGCCUCCAAAUGUGGAAAAUGGAAUAUUGGUAUCUGACAACAGAAGCUUAUUUUCCUUAAAUGAAGUUGUGGAGUUUAGGUGUCAGCCUGGCUUUGCAAUGAAAGGACCCCGCCGUGUGAAGUGCCAGGCCCUGAACAAAUGGGAGCCGGAGCUACCAAGCUGCUCCAGGGUAUGUCAACCACCUCCAGAUGUCCUGCAUGCUGAGCGUACCCAAAGGGACAAGGACAACUUUUCACCCGGGCAGGAGGUGUUCUACAGCUGUGAGCCCGGCUACGACCUCAGAGGGGCUGCGUCUCUGCGCUGCACACCCCAGGGAGACUGGAGCCCUGCAGCCCCCACAUGUGAAGUGAAAUCCUGUGAUGGCUUCAUGGGCCAACUUCUUAAUGGCCGUGUGCUAUUUCCAGUAAAUCUCCAGCUUGGAGCAAAAGUGGAUUUUGUUUGUGAUGAAGGAUUUCAAUUAAAAGGCAGCUCUGCUAGUUACUGUGUCUUGGCUGGAAUGGAAAGCCUUUGGAAUAGCAGUGUUCCAGUGUGUGAACAAAUCUUUUGUCCAAGUCCUCCAGUUAUUCCUAACGGGAGACACACAGGAAAACCUCUGGAAGUCUUUCCCUUUGGAAAAGCAGUAAAUUACACAUGCGACCCCCACCCAGACAGAGGGACGACCUUCGACCUCAUUGGAGAGAGCACCAUCCGCUGCACAAGUGACCCUCAAGGGAAUGGGGUUUGGAGCAGCCCUGCCCCUCGCUGUGGAAUUCUGGGUCACUGUCAAGCCCCGGAUCAUUUUCUGUUUGCUAAGCUCAAAACACAAACCAAUGCAUCUGACUUUCCCAUUGGGACAUCUUUAAAGUAUGAAUGCCGUCCUGAGUACUACGGGAGGCCAUUCUCUAUCACAUGUCUAGAUAACCUGGUCUGGUCCAGUCCCAAAGAUGUCUGUAGACGUAAAUCAUGUAAAACUCCUCCAGAUCCAGUGAAUGGCAUGGUGCAUGUGAUCACAGACAUCCAGGUUGGAUCCAGAAUCAACUAUUCUUGUACUACAGGGCACCGACUCAUUGGUCAUUCAUCUGCUGAAUGUAUCCUCUCGGGCAAUAGCGCCCAUUGGAGCACGAAGCCGCCAAUUUGUCAACGAAUUCCUUGUGGGCUACCCCCAACCAUCGCUAAUGGAGAUUUCAUUAGCACCAACAGAGAGAAUUUUCACUAUGGAUCAGUGGUGACCUACCGCUGCAAUCUUGGAAGCAGAGGGAGAAAGGUGUUUGAGCUUGUGGGUGAGCCCUCCAUAUACUGCACCAGCAAUGACGAUCAAGUGGGCAUCUGGAGUGGCCCGGCCCCUCAGUGCAUUAUACCUAACAAAUGCACGCCUCCAAAUGUGGAAAAUGGAAUAUUGGUAUCUGACAACAGAAGCUUAUUUUCCUUAAAUGAAGUUGUGGAGUUUAGGUGUCAGCCUGGCUUUGUCAUGAAAGGACCCCACCGUGUGAAGUGCCAGGCCCUGAACAAAUGGGAGCCAGAGUUACCAAGCUGCUCCAGGGUGUGUCAGCCGCCUCCAGAAAUCCUGCAUGGUGAGCAUACCCCAAGCCAUCAGGACAACUUUUCACCUGGGCAGGAAGUGUUCUACAGCUGUGAGCCUGGCUAUGACCUCAGAGGGGCUGCAUCUCUGCACUGCACACCCCAGGGAGACUGGAGCCCUGAAGCCCCGAGAUGUGCAGUGAAAUCCUGUGAUGACUUCUUGGGUCAACUCCCUCAUGGCCGUGUGCUAUUUCCACUUAAUCUCCAGCUUGGGGCAAAGGUGUCCUUUGUCUGUGAUGAAGGGUUUCGCUUAAAGGGCAGUUCCGUUAGUCAUUGUGUCUUGGUUGGAAUGAGAAGCCUUUGGAAUAACAGUGUUCCUGUGUGUGAACAAAUCUUUUGUCCAAAUCCUCCAGCUAUCCUUAAUGGGAGACACACAGGAACUCCCUUUGGAGAUAUUCCCUAUGGAAAAGAAAUAUCUUACACAUGUGACCCCCACCCAGACAGAGGGAUGACCUUCAACCUCAUUGGGGAGAGCACCAUCCGCUGCACAAGUGACCCUCAUGGGAAUGGGGUUUGGAGCAGCCCUGCCCCUCGCUGUGAACUUCCUGUUCAUGCUGGUCACUGUAAAACCCCAGAGCAGUUUCCAUUUGCCAGUCCUACGAUCCCAAUUAAUGACUUUGAGUUUCCAGUCGGGACAUCUUUGAAUUAUGAAUGCCGUCCUGGGUAUUUUGGGAAAAUGUUCUCUAUCUCCUGCCUAGAAAACUUGGUCUGGUCAAGUGUUGAAGACAACUGUAGACGAAAAUCAUGUGGACCUCCACCAGAACCCUUCAAUGGAAUGGUGCAUAUAAACACAGAUACACAGUUUGGAUCAACAGUUAAUUAUUCUUGUAAUGAAGGGUUUCGACUCAUUGGUUCCCCAUCUACUACUUGUCUCGUCUCAGGCAACAAUGUCACAUGGGAUAAGAAGGCACCUAUUUGUGAGAUCAUAUCUUGUGAGCCACCUCCAACCAUAUCCAAUGGAGACUUCUACAGCAACAAUAGAGCAUCUUUUCACAAUGGAACAGUGGUAACUUACCAGUGCCACACUGGACCAGAUGGAGAACAGCUGUUUGAGCUCGUGGGAGAACGGUCAAUAUAUUGCACCAGCAAAGAUGAUCAAGUUGGUGUUUGGAGCAGCCCUCCCCCUCGGUGUAUUUCUACUAAUAAAUGCACAGCUCCAGAAGUUGAAAAUGCAAUUCGAGUACCAGGAAAUAGGAGUUUCUUUUCCCUCACUGAGAUCGUCAGAUUUAGAUGUCAGCCCGGGUUUGUCAUGGUAGGGUCCCACACUGUGCAGUGCCAGACCAACGGCAGAUGGGGGCCCAAGCUGCCACACUGCUCCAGGGUGUGUCAGCCGCCUCCAGAAAUCCUGCAUGGUGAGCAUACCCCAAGCCAUCAGGACAACUUUUCACCUGGGCAGGAAGUGUUCUACAGCUGUGAGCCCGGCUAUGACCUCAGAGGGGCUGCGUCUCUGCACUGCACGCCCCAGGGAGACUGGAGCCCUGAAGCCCCUAGAUGCACAGUGAAAUCCUGUGAUGACUUCCUGGGCCAACUCCCUCAUGGCCGUGUGCUGUUUCCACUUAAUCUCCAGCUUGGGGCAAAGGUGUCCUUUGUUUGUGAUGAAGGGUUCCGAUUAAAAGGCAGGUCUGCUAGUCAUUGUGUCUUGGCUGGAAUGAAAGCCCUUUGGAAUAGCAGUGUUCCAGUGUGUGAACAAAUCUUUUGUCCAAAUCCUCCAGCUAUCCUUAAUGGGAGACACACAGGAACUCCCUUUGGAGAUAUUCCCUAUGGAAAAGAAAUAUCUUACGCAUGCGACACCCACCCAGACAGAGGGAUGACCUUCAACCUCAUUGGGGAGAGCUCCAUCCGCUGCACAAGUGACCCUCAAGGGAAUGGGGUUUGGAGCAGCCCUGCCCCUCGCUGUGAACUUUCUGUUCCUGCUGCCUGCCCACAUCCACCCAAGAUCCAAAACGGGCAUGACAUUGGAGGACAUGUAUCUCUAUAUCUUCCUGGGAUGACAAUCAGCUACAUUUGUGACCCCGGCUACCUGUUAGUGGGAAAGGGCUUCAUUUUCUGUACAGACCAGGGAAUCUGGAGCCAAUUGGAUCAUUAUUGCAAAGAAGUAAAUUGUAGCUUCCCACUGUUUAUGAAUGGAAUCUCGAAGGAGUUAGAAAUGAAAAAAGUAUAUCACUAUGGAGAUUAUGUGACUUUGAAGUGUGAAGAUGGGUAUACUCUGGAAGGCAGUCCCUGGAGCCAGUGCCAGGCGGAUGACAGAUGGGACCCUCCUCUGGCCAAAUGUACCUCUCGUGCACAUGAUGCUCUCAUAGUUGGCACUUCAUCUGGUACGAUCUUCUUUAUUUUACUCAUCAUUUUCCUCUCUUGGAUAAUUCUAAAGCACAGAAAAGGCAAUAAUGCACAUGAAAAACCUAAAGAAGUGGCUAUCCAUUUACAUUCUCAAGGAGGCAGCAGCGUUCAUCCCCGAACUCUGCAAACAAAUGAAGAAAAUAGCAGGGUCCUUCCUUGA